CCAGUCCUUCCAUGUCGCAACCCAUAUUGCUCUGCUGCAGCGGUGGCUCUCCUACGGCAGCACCACACCGCGAGUGUCAAUGAGGCGCAUCCAUUCGCACUGAAGCUCCCGCUUCGCCACAAAUGGCCGCGCCGCUGCUGCUGCGCAACGCUCUCAAGAGCUCGUCCGUCAUUGUCGUCCCUACGCCGACCACCGCUGCCGCCUCCCGGGCCUUGACUACGGCAGCGAGCUCGGGGGAUGCGAACGCCGCCAGCGUGAAGGCGGCGCUGGCUCACCCAAUAAACGGGGAACUGCAGCUCUCGAGCACAAUAACGACCACGACCACGGCAACAUCACGGCCUUCCGAAACCGCACCGCCAGAAGUGCUUCUGCCACCACCGACCCUUGCGCCGCGGAACCUAACUAGACCAUGCUUUGUCGGCUCGACGGGCGUGCGCUGGGGCGCUGCGAGUCGAAAAGAAGAUAGUUCAGACCCUAACAAGGCCAAGCUGGGCAGGACCCUGCGCAUACUCCAAGAGCGCAUGCCCACGCUGCUCCAGUCGCCGCUCCCGCAGGAUAUACUCGCGCCCAACAUCUCCCUCCACCUCUUCCCGACGACACACCCCCACCUUCCUACCGUCUCCGGCCGAGUCGCGUACAACGCCGCCCUGUGGACCUCCCCGAUCGCCUGGAACCGCGUCCCCAUCAUCGGCAACGUCAAGCUCGAGAUCCUCGCCGAGCGCGUCACCUCGGAGCCCAUGACCUUUGUGCCCCGGCGUGCCGGCGCCCGCCCCGAGCAGCUCGUCGUCCGCUGGUGUGAGAAGCGCCGCGGCUCCGCUACGACAGACACAGCGCAGCCUGCGACGGGGUCGAUGCCAGUUCGGCCCGAGUCCGGUGGCAUUGCGCGCUCGCUCUGGCGCGGGCGUGCCGGGGUCGACCCAAAUAAGGCCUUCACCGGCCUUUUCAUAUUUGACUUCGACACCGAGGGCAGGGUCCUGGCGCACACCAUCGAGCAAGCCCAGGAGGGUGGCAACUGGGAAAGAGGCAUGGGUGCCAAGUUCGUCGGGCUGACGGACUGGCUUCUGGGUGGCAUGAAAAACCCCGACGACCCCCCUCCGCUUCCCAUGUUUGAAGACGCGAGGAGACGGCAGUGUGGGUGAGCUGGCCGCAUGGCCGAACAGUUUCGACUUGAGGGCGAAUACCUGCCAAACAUGGACUACUAUGGUCAUUAUACCUGGCCGGCUGGUGCUGGUGACGGGCGCAAGCCCUCCCUUCCCUAACAUGUCUGGGACAGCACAUUGGCCACUUAUCUCUCCACAAUUGGAGGACGAAUGAUGUACACUACUGGGGUGAGAAUCUCUCCGCCCACUGUUUCAAGGAUUGUACGCUACAUGCACGCCGGAUAAGAGCAACAGGCGCAAGCGAUCAGAUUUAGGCCCAAAGGAUUGGUUGUUUUCUCAUUGAUCCAGCCGUCUGCGUAAAAUCAGUUUCAUGGCAUGAAUGACUGCUCAGCUACUCCUAGUUCAUGACGUGCCUUCAUUGCGGAGAGCCAUGCCC